AAUCUAAAGCAGCUCCUGCAGCCACAUGGCCUUAUUAUCAACUGCAGUAGGCGGGAUAUGUCAUUUCACUUCUGGGCGGAGUAGUAUAUAAUAGAAGUGCUAGUAGUAUGGCGGUACAAAAUACAUUAUUCGGAGUUUAGAUCCAGUGUAAUACGUAGGGUGAUGUCUGAAUCUGGUAGCAGCUGCAUUGUCAAACGAUGGUCUCUUAUUGGCAUGACUGCCCUUGUCACUGGGGGCACUAAAGGAAUUGGGCAUGCAGUUGUUGAAGAACUGGCUAGCUUUGGGGCAAGGGUUCAUACAUGUGCUAGAAAUGAGGAUGAACUUGAAUCAUGCAAACGCAGUUGGGAGACUAAAGGCUUUCAAGUCAGUUGUUCUGUCUGUGAUGUAACAUCUCAAACACAGAGAGAGAAACUGAUGGAGAUUGUCUCCUCCAAGUUCAAUGGCAAGCUCCAUAUUUUGGUCAACAACGCUGGGACUUUCAUACAAAAGCCAACAGAACAGGUCACCACUGAAGACUAUGCAACUGUAAUGGCCACCAACCUUGAAUCAACUUACCAUUUAAGCCAACUUGCUCACCCAUUUCUCAAAGCAUCUGGGUCUGGAAACAUCAUCUUCAUAUCUUCCGUUGCUGGUGUUGUGGCUGCCGAAGUUGGCUCUCUUUAUGGCACUACCAAAGGAGCUAUGAACCAACUAGCAAAGUACUUGGCAUGUGAGUGGGCAAAGGACAAUAUCAGGACCAAUUCUGUUGCACCAUGGUUCAUCCGUACCCCUCUUACUGAAAAGGUACUUAGUAACAAAGAAUUCUUGGAAGGAGUUGAAAGGAGAACUCCUCUUGGAAGAAUAGGAGAGCUGGAAGAGUCAUCGUCGUUGGUGGCAUUCCUAUGCAUGCCAGCCGCGUCUUAUAUUACUGGCCAGACCAUUUGUGUUGAUGGAGGUUUUACAAUCAGUGGCUAUGUAUCCAGCCAUGUGUAAUAUAAGCUAUGGUGAUAAGCUUUCCUUAAAAUUCAAUUAUGUAAUAAAAGCUACAGUGAUAAACUAAUCAGUGUAUUUAUUUUUCAAUCAAAACGUGCACGCUAUGUAUGGAAGUAUGACAAAUACUUUGUAUGGAAUUACA